AUUCAGCUGGAGCGCAACACGGACUGGCUAGAGCAGUGGCUGGAAAGCUUCAGCUUGGACCUGCCCACCCAGAAAGAGUGCCAGGCGGCUCUCACAAAGGUGGCCAAGGACUGGAAUCUUACGGGGGCCUGGGCUGCUCCAGAUGUGGCAGAUUGGGCU